UCCAUCCUUCAUCUGACUCUGUGUGACUGACAGGUACAAUGGUCGGCGAGAGGAGACCAACAUGGUGAUCAUCAAUGUCAAGCUUCUCUCCGGCUUCGUCCUGGACAAAUCCUCCCUCGGGCCUUUGAAAAAUGACCCCACUGUCAAACGUGUUGACCUGGAGGAAGGACAUGUCAUCAUCUACCUAGAUGGGCUCAAGCAGAAGGAAACGAAGACGUACAGCCUGGCCAUAGAGGAGGAUGUGCCUGUGAGGAAUCUGAAACCAGCUGUGGUGAAAGUGUAUGACUACUACCAGACAAGUAAGAAUUCCAUCUUAACACAGACAGCAAAAAUGUCAUCUCUU